UAUCAUUUUCCUGCAAGUGUAAAAUACCUAUCAAUCGAACGUUUCUAUCCGACAUGUCAAUCAUUUUUCAGUGUCAUUAUUUCCUGACAAUUGCGUCAAGCGUUAUAACUGAUUUUUCACCAUUUUCCUACGUGUGAUUGCACAUCAUCUAUGAUCGUUGGAGAAAACAGGUACUAUUGGUUCGGUUUGAUUCGAUCUGUGCAAUAAAAUAUUGAUGGUUUAUUCAUAUAAUUCUAGUUCGUGAAAGUUUUCCGUUGUGUGUAAGUCUAAAGUGGAAUGUGCUGCUAGAAGUGUGGUGAAAGAUGGUGAUCCAACGCCAAAUGGAAAUAGUAAUGAGAAAUAAAAAUAGAACGCGUACUACAUAGGUGCAACGCAUAUCUGAAACUACCGGAUACCGCCUUAUCGCAGCAAAGCCACCACAGCCAGUGGCAGUAGUCCUGGCCAUGUACAAAGAACGAUACCGAGUUAGACAGCUGGAGUGUUGUAACAAACAAAUGUUCGGCGACCUCAUAGUCACAUGCCCGACCUACGCAAGACACAUGCCCAAAAAGAUGAUCCAACCGGUGCCUAUCACGGUUAAACCCGUGGUCACACCGGAAGAGAUAGUGAGGAAGCACAUGAUGGAGGCUGAGAAGAGGCGGGCGUCUCUCCUGGUGGACCAGCUCCUCCUGGACAUCCACAACAGCAUCCAGCACACGACCGACUACAACUCCACAACUAGCGAGAGAUCGUCCCAGAAGUACAGCCGCGCUGUGUCACAAGAUCUCUGGAAGAGAGAUAUGGAAGACCUAUCUGCCCUCGUAGUCCUUCUUGGUGGUCAGAUUGAACGCGUCGGUGUGAAGCUAGUGCGUCGCCUGAAGCGUCGUGAGAAUCUCCGACGCCAGCAGGAAGCUCACUGCGACGUCAUCACAUGUCAGCUGAAGAAACUCCUGCCAAACAGCCCGGAAGAAAUGUGUUUCACAGUGAAUCCCCAAGCUGGAGAAUCAGGAUUUUCUCAAUGGGUGACAGCUAUGAAGAUGGUAGCUCAGUUGCCAGGGGGUAUACCUCCAGAAUUCAGAAAGAGACUGUGGCUCACGAUGGCUGAGAAACAUCUGGCUUCCAAAGGGGUGGAUUGGAACAGGGUAGAAAGGACCUGCUUCAGUGAAUGGGCCCAUCCAGAAGACGGAGAAUUGGGGGUGCAGAUAGUGAAGGACCUGCACAGGACCGGUUGCAGCCUGUUCUGUGGAGAGGGUGGCCAAGAGAACCAGGCGCUGUUGAAGAAGGUGCUCUUGGCGUACGCCAGAUGGAACAAAGCUGUAGGUUAUUGCCAAGGAUUCAACAUGCUGGCAGCCCUGAUUCUUCAAGUGACUGACAAGAGCGAAACAGACGCCCUAAAACUAAUGAUAUACCUCAUCGAAGGAGUUCUUCCCGAUUCCUAUUUCGCUGAUAGUCUACGUGGACUUUCAGUAGAUAUGGCGGUCUUUAGAGAACUGCUGAGGACGAGGUUACCUAGGUUAUCCAAGCAUCUAGAUCUUCUGCAGAACUUGGCCAAAGAGGGGACCACCAGUUACGAGCCCCCACUCACCAACGUCUUCACGAUGCAAUGGUUUCUCACGCUGUUUUGCAAUUGUCUUCCUCAACCCUCGGUGCUACGUAUAUGGGACUUGAUACUACUAGAAGGUAACGAAAUUUUGCUGAGAACCGCACUGGCAAUCUGGCAAACUCUGGCGGAGAAAAUCGUGAGGGUCAGGACUGCGGACGAGUUUUACUGUAUAAUGGGCCUUCUAACAACAGAACUUCUGGAGAACAAUCUCAUAGAUGCCAAUUCUUUGAUCAAAGCGGUCGUAUCAAUUGGUCCUCUGACUGAAUUGAGGAGUUUGAGGGAACAUUACCUUUAUAACAUCAAUCCUCUUGGUCCCAUACCUAAUUUAGGAAUAGCCGAGAAGCAGUUGAAGGUUUAUCCGAAAGAAAGGAUUAAUCUAGACAUCAGCACACUGAAGAAGCAAUACAUGAAACUCAGACAGAGACAGAGACAAGCCCACAUCAUCUUCUCGGCAGCCAUAAACAGACAACCUCCACCUAAAUCACCAGUAGCAAUGAAUCACCUUCUUCUUGGCAAAAGUGCCUUGGUACCUGCGAAAAGACUUGGGCCACCAAAAGGGAGCAUUCCCCCAGCCAGAGUGCCUACCACGCUGCACUGGAAGGACACCAAGCAAACAUCCAGCUCCUCAUCGUCCGACACCGAGCUCUGCGAUGAUGACAAUCCCCCAAGCGACUCUUCGGACGACGCCAACCCCAAAUCGCCGGUACCUGAUCUACCCGAAGACAAUCCAAAUUCAAGUGAUACCACGAACGUCGCAGAUGACGUUCAAGAAUCGCCAGCCUGUGUCGUCACAAAAGACAAUAUAGAAAACCAACAAGGUGAUAUUUUGGAAUCGUUAGUUAAUAGUGAAUUUGUCGUUCGGAAGAUUACCGAUGAAGACUCCGAAGACGACUCUGUGGACUUCGAACUGUUCCUGGAAGAUCGCGUCAAAUCUUUGAAACAGGACGGGGAGAAUAAAAGGGUCACUUUGUCCAGGAGAAACAGCGAGAGGGCUCUACAGAUAAUCCAGGAAAAUUCGCUCAUUCUCCAUAGGAUAUUGCAGUGUCAAUCGAGGUUGAGUCUUUCGCCACCAGCAACUGAAACUUGUAACGAUUCUGAUGAUGAAAGUACCUCCAAGAAGUCACAGAGUCCUGGAAUCAGCAUGAACCCUGCGUUCCAUUCGGAAAGUACAACUCAGGAUACCAAAGAUGAAAAUCAAAUUCCCAAUUCUAAAACUGUAAUUCAUCCAGAUAUCUCUGACUACGACCUUCCGAAAACCCUGAGGGAUGUGGAUGAAUACCCUUUCCCAUCUAAAUACGCAGAAAUUCUGAAGAAGAGUCGGAAUCUCAAUGAAAAAUGUGAUGGUCUAUUCAAUACUGGUACUAAAAAGACUACCGAAUUGGAAGAUCAAGAAAUACAACUUCCAGAAUCGAAAACGUUCACCAACCAAGAAGAACUGAUAGAUCUCACUUCGAAUUUUGAUCAAAAUGAAAAGAAGAAGAGCUACAUUCUGAGCGAGUUUGACGUUGAUUAUAGCGAGAAUAAAAUAAGACCUUGGUUGGAAAAAAUCGAUCUGAAUAGGAACACUGAGUACCUUCAAAGUUUCGAUGAAGAUCUUGCUCCUCAACAAAAUGUAACCCGCAUCUUCAAUAAGCCAUUCCGAGAUGAUACAUCCGGAAAUGACGAGAAAGAUGAAGAAACCAAGACUGACCAAAGUGGACCUGUGAUCCCAGAUAUGAUUGUGAGCUUUUCAGAAAGCAGGAAAAAUUCAGAGAAAGAACCAUGUACUUCAUUGAGAGAUAUAGAUUAUGACUGGAGCAAAAAUACUUCGUUUCUUGAGAGCCGGAACUUCACCAUUUGUGUCGAUAAGAUAACUGAGAGGAAAAGUUUAUCUGCAACAAAUUCCAUAGAAAAAACUGACAAAAGUAAUGAGAGAAGAAGUUUAUCGGCCACUAAUUCCAUAGAAAGGGCUGCGUCUCUUUCCGCCACAGAUGAUGUUUGUGUGAAAGUUAGGAGAACUGUUAAAUCGCCAGAUAUUUCUUACGAAAGCAGCAUCCUUUCACCGCCAAGAUCGAGACUCAGUAGCAGCAAUUCGAGGGAUCUGAUGUCACCCAUGAAUGAAUCUAGCAUGUCUAUAUCGAGUCGAGUUACAUCGCCUUCUCCAGAAAGAGAAUUCGAAUCUUACAGAAGAUUAUCACCGAGAAGAACGUACAGUACUACCAAUGAAGAUACCAGGGUAUCUCAGCACGAGGAAGCCGUAAUUAUGAGGACCAAAUCGCCUCAAAGGAAUUUCGAUGCGAUAGAAGAUCCUCGAAACAGUUGGGAGUAUAAAAAUUAUAGAGAAUCUAAGGAUAGAAUAGAGAAAAAACUUUAUGGUGACCCUGAACGUAGAAUAAAGGACUUGUCAUCUUCUACAGACAAUAUGGAGUCUAGUUCGAAAGAAUCCAUUGAAGAAUCUUUGAACAGAACCCUGGAUGGUUCCAAGGAUUACUCCCUGGAACAUAGGAGUUCUUCUUUUUCUUCAAAAAGUUCUUCUCUACCGGAUCAGCAAUGGAAGAAGAAAAACCUAAAAUUAUUCGAUGGUAAAAAUGACCCAGGAGAGGAUCACAGUGAAUAUGGAGCUUCAAGAUCCUCGAAACUAUCGUCACCUGACAGAGGCUCCUACUCUGCUAGAUCUUCACCUCUAUUGAGAUACGAGGAAAGACGAGAUUGUGCAUCCCCCAAAUCGCCAAACCGUGUAUUCAACCCUUUUCCUGUGCCACUCAGCUCGAGACAAAACAAAGAGAUUGGGGUGAAGCUCGGUCUCUACAAAAAGUGACAAAUUAUAUUAGCCUUACGCGUUUAUUCUAAUUCAAAGACUGCCCAUAGCCUAGUGUUGAAUCGUUAUGUAAUAAUUUAUUUUAUUGAAUAUUUACAAAGUGAAGUGAUGUUGUUGUUGUGCGGUUUAAAAAUGAAACAUAGUGAGAUUUUUUAAUGUUUAAAAGGGGAUUUUAGCGGUUGUGCAGUAUCGAAGAAGUCGAUUCUAUCUCAGUAUUAUAGGAAUAUUUCGAAUGUAAGCUUAAAUUUUUCUAGGGAGAAAUAUCCAACAAAGAAUUUUUCCAACAUGGCACUUUUUAGACAUUUUCUAAUAGUUCUUCAGAUGAAUGGAGAAACAUGACGAAAUCAGUGUUUCAAAAACUUUGAAUAUACCUAUCCUCCACUGUUCUAAUCAAAAUCGUGGCUUUAAAUAUUUUCAUGCCAAUUAAGAACAAGAAUGAUCUCUGUAAAAAUCAGAAUUCCGAUCAAGGUCUUUACACUGGACUGAAGUAAUUGUCCUAGAUCAGACUGCCGAUGUGGGAGGUUUAAAUGAAGAACUUUAUCAAAUCAAAUAAUAUAUUUCGUCAAUUCAAAAAUGAAUUAUUGUGUACCUAUAAAUUAAUCAAUCAACUGCAUUCAAAAUGUUUCUUUUUCUCUUUAUUCAGAAUCUCCUUUCAUUCAUCGAUUCAGAACAAUAUGUAGGUUGAACAUUAAACAAAAUGAUGAAAUAAGAAAUAAUGUAAAGCAUAUAUUUUGGGAUUCGUAGAUAAGUUGAGUAUAAAUAUGCGCUGUGCCACAUCCGUUCUCGAAGACAAUGUUAGCGAUUGAUAUAUUUCCAUAAAAGUUGUUGAAAAUAAUCCAAUAAAUAGUUUUUUUAUUCGAAA